CAUGCCAUGAAUUGCAAGGAAGCCCGUAUUUUGUGCAAUACGACAAUUGGAAUGGUGAAGCUCGUAAAAAUGAUCGAUCUGCCUGGAACACGGGAGAUGAUUGAAUCAACAGGUGCUGAGCUGGAAUCAAUAGACGGGGUUACCUCAGUCCAUUCUCUGUUCUAUAGAAUGAGCUCAAGGUAUUAUCAGAUUAUCGGAAAUCACGCUGAGUACUACAGGGAAGCACUUCGCUUUCUAGGUUGCACAGAUGCCUCCGAGCUUGAUGAUGCCGAGAAGCUUCAAUGGGCUAUUACCACUACUCUUGCUGCCUUAUUAGGAGAGGGAGUCUAUAAUUUUGGCGAGUUAGUAAGUCGUGAUGCUCUAAUUAAAUGCCUAUAUCUACUAAAUUGCCUUAAUUAA